CAACUUUUACAAAAAAAACAAUCGAUAAAUACAAAAUGUUAAGCGAGGAUUUAUUAUAAGGGACAUAACACUAUGGUGACAGGACUACAACACGUUAUCUUAAGAGUUAAAAACUGAGCGAGAUCUAUUAGAGUUAGAAAACAGAAGAAUAUCGACCAUCAGAGGAAUAAAAAUGCAUUCAGUGGGUAUACAUUCCGCAAUGGCCAUUAAGCGUCAAAGAAAACGACGAGAUGAACAAAAAAGAGCACGAGAAAGGCGUUAUAGCACACAAAGUUCAGAGAGUGGCGAAACAUUUCAUUCACCAACGGGAUCCGUGAGACGCAAGUAUCAUCUUCCCCAUCAUGCAAUAAAGCCCGGUACUGGAAUGCUUGACAGCCAGGUAGUUACUAGUAUUGGAAUGUUGCAUAUUGGAAUUGUUUUCGUUGUAUUUGGAGUUUUUCUUUGCGGAGCUGGUAUUAUUCCAGAUGAAACUAUGUCUUGGAAUGUAUUUAGUUCUAGCUCAGCAUGGUGGAAUGAAGUGACCUGCACCGGCUUAUUUUCCUUCGGAUUGGGACUAUUUUUAUUAAUUUUAAAUUGUCUUAUAAGUCGGAAAGAAGAGGAGGACCUUGAAGACUACGUGCAUCGUCAGCUGACUCGAUCUCGUUCAGGACACCGACUUGAGCGAGAUGUAGAAACAGGAGUACUGACCACGCGUCAUGCUCGAAAAGCGGUUGCCUUACAACAAAGCGGGCGUCAGAACUCUCCCACAGAUGUAGCUGUCGUAAAUUGCGGCUCUACAGAAACAAUAUGCAAUGGAACAAUAGUUGGACGAAAUGGACUAAAAAGCUCUGAUGUCAUUCUUGAAAAAAUUGUGGAGGAGGAGACUAAUUAUUUAAAUGACCGUAGUGCUGGAAUAUCACCGAUUGAAAUAGAAAAUGAUACCAAGCAGCUGUUAGGAAGAGAACCUAUAAAUGAUGUAAUAAAUAUAACACGAAUAUGAAAUUUUGUAUUUAAAAAAUUAUGUAAAAUUAGUACAUUUAUAUCUCUAAAGCUUUACAAAUAAUAUAUAAUAUAACCAGAUUAUAUACAUUUUUAAAUAAUAUUUUAAAACGUCAUACGGAAGUGCCACAGAAUCGCAGAGCACCCACUCAGUGUAAGUUUCUUGUGUGCAUCAAUAAAAAUUUUAUAAGACAGAGCUUAUGGGAUUUCUGUGGCACCCCUGAUUAUCUUACCGUAUCGUAAUUCCAUUAUUGAACACAGUGUAAUUGAUUUCUGUAAAUUUAUUCUAAUGGUAACGUAAAUAAAAGAAAUUAGGUUAAUAUAAAACCGAAAGUCUUUCAAGUCCGCAUGUUAAACUAAAAUAAAGUUGUAAACACCCAGCUUACAUAAAUUUUCUAAGUUUGAAACCUACUUUAUGUUAAACAUGUGGAAAGGAAAACGCGUCUUAAGAUGCCCAACAUCACAGCAAAUUUAACUGCUGAGCAUCAUUUUAAUUUGUUAAGGCAUCAAGUGAAAAACUGUAUUGAUAAGCCAGAAGUUGAAAAAUUGAUUCAAUCUUAUUAAUAGUUCUAUAAGAAAAUGUAUUUAUUUAAGGUAUCUCAUCCUUGACUGAACGAAUCCUUUUGGGCUUAUAUUUUGUACUUUAAUAUACUAUUGUAUACACUUUUACCUUCAUACCAAGAAUAAUUCUUAACAUACACGUCUUACUUACUUUUAAUAACAUAUGUUUUUUUACAUUUUAUUUAAUAAAUCAUCCAAUAUAAGGAAAUACAAAAUACGUAUAUGUACUAUUAUUAUUUUUAUUAUUACAAAGUGGCAUACAAGAUUUUAAAAAAUAACUGGUUAGAUACAUUUAGUUCAAUACUGUUCUAUAUUACACUAUGAUACAUUUAAAAUGUACCUCGAUGGCUGCUAACAAAUCGUAUUCGCUUUGAAUCGCCAUUUUUAACUGUGUUCACCAAAAGGAUCUAUAAUUCAAGAACUCUCCUCAAAGUUGAAAAUGAUUUUUUUGCGUUUUUAUACCCUUGCAGAGGGUAUAUUGAUUUCAGUCAGAAGUUUUCAACGCAGUAAAGGAGACGUUUCCGACCCCAUAAAGUAUAUAUAUUCUU